UUCUUCGUCGGUCCAACUUCCAUACAGAUUCUCACCUCUUGCUGAUGCACUACAUAUUUAUUAAAAUCACCAUAUUAUAGUAAUCUCUCUUGCUUGCUGUACAAAGAUAAACAACAAGUUUUUUUUUUUCUUCUUCUUCUUCUAUCUAAGUCAGUCGCCAGCCAAGAUGAUGAUCAGAAUCAGAAGCAGAGAUGGGUUAGAGCGAGUCACAAUUGACAACCCACAUGCCACAAUUUCCCAACUCAAGUCCCAAAUCGAAUCCCAACUUCGAGUUCCAGUUCAAUCUCAAACCCUAUCUGCAAAUCAGAACCUUUUGCUCGCUAAAACCCCAGAUGAUUGGUCUCGCUUCACUGAUAUGGCCAACCCUCAUACACCCAUCUCCUCUUUGAACCUUACUCACGGUUCCAUGCUCUAUCUCGCUUACGAGGGUGAACGCACCAUUGCCGGUCCGGCCGUCCAGCCCGCCGGUUCAUUCGGUAGAAAGAUGACCAUGGACGACCUAAUUGCCAAACAAAUGCGAGUUACAAGACAAGAGAACCCUCACUGCGAGCUGGUUUCCUUCGAUCGUGAUGCCGCCAAUGCCUUUCAACAUUAUGUCAAUGAAUCACUCGCCUUUGCUGUCAAAAGGGGUGGUUUUAUGUAUGGUACAGUAUCGCCUGAGGGCAAAGUGGAAGUCGAUUUUAUUUAUGAGCCGCCCCAGCAAGGGACCGAGGAAAAUUUGUUACUUUUACGCGAUCCUGAUGAGGAGAAAUUGGUGGAUGCUAUAGCUAUUGGAUUAGGGAUGAGGAAAGUAGGGUUUAUAUUUACUCAGACAAUUAGUCAGGAUAAGAAGGAUUACACAAUGUCAACUGCAGAAGUCUUACAGGCAGCUGAGUUACAUUCGGAGGGUGAUUUGAAGGAGUGGGUGACUGCUAUAGUGAAGCUCGAGGUGAAUGAGGAUGGCGCUGCCGAUGUACAUUUUGAGGCUUUUCAGAUGAGUGAUAUGUGUGUUAGAUUGUUCAAGGAAGGGUGGUUUGAGACAGAUGUUAAGGAUGAGAUUGAUCCAAAGCUUUCUAAGAUGAAGAAAGAUGUGGUUGUAGGAGUCAAGGACACAAGAGAAGUUGAUAACGACUUCUUCUUGGUUGUUGUCAAGAUUGCUGAUCACCAGGGUCCACUUUCUUCAUCAUUUCCCAUUGAAAACAGGAUUAUUCCAGUGAGCAUGAAUGCAUUGAAGGAUCAUUUCAAUCGAACAAAGAGUCUUUCUUUUGUGAAGCGAAUCUCAGAUUUCCAUCUGCUACUGUUGCUGGCCAAGUUUCUGGACAUUAAUGCAGAUGUUCCUGCAUUGGCAGAAUGCGUGCUUACACAGUCAGCUGUCCCAGAAGGUUACAAGCUCCUUAUAGAAUCCAUGGCUAGUGCCUCUUGAGCAGCAUUGCCGUUUAAUGAAGACCAACAGUCAUCAGCUACUGCAUCAACAAAGGUUCCAGUGAUGACAUUACAUGUGUUGCAGUGCAGAAAUAUCCUCCUAAUGUUAUAUUUACCACCAAUGUGUUGUUUGGAUACUUUUGUUAAAUUAUACUUGCUUUAAUAUAAUUGGUUGAAGUUAAAUUCUUCAUAUGUUACGUUUGUUUACCGGUAUGACUCUCAUAAA